GCCGGAAAUGUCAUUUGGAAGAUAAACAUCAUGAACAUGAAGUUUAUAAUGAUAGUUAUAUUGUUGCUGUUGAAUUCUUUCUGUAACGAUUGAAUUUGAUACAAUAUCAAACUAUUCUAUUUUAUAUCCAGAUAACAUCCAAGAAAAUGGCAUUGACAACCUUAAGUGUUCCGUCCAUGAUGUGUGGUGUAUCUGAGACUUUAUAUCAGUUCCAGCAAGAGCGUUACUUAUGUGAUGUGCUGAUUUUCACAUCAGAUGGAUACAUCCCUGCACACAGAGUUGUACUAGUAGCUGCUAGCAAACACUUCAGGGAGAUUGAGUCCAGCAGAAACAUUCAUACAACUCCGGAAGCUAAUUUUUAUCUUACAAAGGAGAAAAGUGAAGAUAUGCUAAAAAUUGUUCAGUUGAUAUACACGGGGGAACUGAGCAUAUCAGGUGAUAAUAUGAAACGAAUUCAUAACCUGUGUCUGACCCUUGCUUUGGAUGAUGCAGUUAAAGAAUGUGAAACUUUUAUAAUUGAAAACAGAGACCAUAUAUGUAUUGAACAAAAUAAAGACGAACAUGACACACAAGAAUCAAAAACUGCAGAAAGUGAUUUAAGUUUAAAGCAGUUAGAAGCAGCAGUUAUUGAUCAGCUAGAACAGUCAAGGUCAAAUAAUAAUAAUGUUGCUAUGGAUACAAAGGUCGAUGCUGCUAAUGAAAAAGAAAAAGAUAGUACUAGCAUCUCAGAUGCAUCAACCAACUGUCACAUUGAUAUUGCUAUGGUAACAAAUGAUAUAAACAUUGACAAAAAAUCAAAAUCUAAAGGACAGAAGAGUAAAAAUAAAAAGGCUGAAGUUUCUGAAAAUAACAGUCAAGAACAAAAAAUUGAAGAGACUAGUAUAAAUGAAAAAAUGAUUAAUUGUGCCUUAUGCAAAGAGAAAUUUCAAGACAAGAAACAGUUGUUAGAACACAGAAGGAAAAAACACCAAAAUAAGAGAAAACCCAUGCAUACCAAAAGAUAUAUUCCAAGUACAAAUGACUCUUUAACUGAUAACGAAGACCAAGACCAAUUAGAGGAAACUAUAUCUAACGAUACUUUGUCUGAAAAAACUGACGAUGACGAGGUUUUGUCAACAAGACAGGGUACAAAGAGGAGAGCAGCAGACAGGUUAACUAAACAGAAGAAGGCAGGGAAAUUUGUUUGUAGACUCUGUAAAGACGAAUUUUCAAAAAAUGAGUUGUUACAAGAACAUCGUAAAUUGAUUCAUCCUGGUGGUAAACGAGAAAAUUUAACAUGUACAUUAUGUGACAAAGUUUUGAGCACAUGGCUUAAUCUGAUAGAACAUAAAUAUAAGAAACAUAAUAUUGGAUAUGAUGUAGAAAAGUACCAGGUUCUUAUGUGUGAUAUGCCAAAUUGUGAUUUUUCAACAAUCGUUGAAUACAAGAUGAGGACCCAUUACAGUGAUGUACAUGGAGAAGUUGGAUCAUAUGUGUGUGACUUGUGUAAUAAAGGUUGUAAAUCUGCACCUCAGCUCAAAUACCACAUGAAAACAGUUCAUCCUGAUGAUAAAACACAAAUGCAUUACAAGUGUACUGAAUGUAGUAAAACAUUCAGACAUUCAUGUAAUUUGAAGAAACACAUAGAUUAUGUACAUUUGAAGAUAUCAGAUAAGAAGUACUUAUGUCAUUUGUGUACUUAUAAAUGUAUGAGUAAAACUGACUUAAACAAUCACCUGCUGAAGAUACACGAUAUACCAUUACCAAAAUCUUGUAAAGUGUAUAAAUGUGAGAAAUGUGAUUACUUCACACUGACUAGAUCUUGUUAUGACAGACAUCAACAGUUGCAUCAAGAGGAUGGUUUACAGAAAAGUUUUAUGUGUUCAACUUGUGGUAAAGGUUUUUACAACAUACAGAAUGUUAAAGCUCAUGAGAAAAGACACAAAUCAGAAAUUAUAGUGUGUCCAUUUGAGGGAUGUGGAUAUUCUACCAAGUUUAAACACACCAUGAAGAACCAUAUAGCAGGCAUGCAUACACAUAAGAAUUUGAGACCGUAUCAGUGCCAUCUUUGUGAAUAUUCUUGCAAGUUGAAAGGAAAUUUAGACAAACAUUUAAGAGGCAAACAUGGUGUUGAAGUCAUGACUAUACCUAAACUUCGACAAAAAGCGAUAGAAACUGGAAAAGGAUUCAGUGAUAUUGUAUUCCCACCUCGAAACUGUAAUGAACUACCAGCUAAGAUUGCUGACAAACAUCACCUCCAGAUUACUCAGAAAUCACAGGAAUUGCAGGAUGUAAGUUUUCCAGAACUGUUGGAAAUGGCUAAGCAAGCAUCCAGAGAAGCACAGUUAGAAAAAUCACGCAAUGGUGAAAUGAUUGAUUUGAGUUCAGCAGGAAACCAGUCAUCACAUAAAGACAAUGAAUUAUCAUACCAAACAUCACAAAAUCCUGCAAUUAUUGUUGAAAUGCAACAGUAUCAGGAACCAGUCACACCCAUUGCUAUGGAAACAGAAGGAUCAAGUUAUCAACAAGAACAAGAAGUUGCCUUAUCAAAUCUUAACCCAGUACCAAUAACUCUCCAUGCAAAUAAACAUUCUAAAGAUAUCUUAUUUUCUAAUCCUAACGAUUUACUAACUUCCUAUGCAGAACAGAAUUCAUUAUAUUUAAAUGAUCAUGCCGAUUAUUCAUCAAGACCAUUACCGGCACACUUAUCACAAUUUAAUUCAGCAGAAUCUUAUGCAGCUAUGUUGUCAUCAUUUCUAAGCAACUCCAAAAAUGGAGGUCAACAGUCAUUGCCAAGCUUGUUGCCACUCACUGUGCAAAAUUAUCAGUCACAUGGCCAGAACCGUCCAAUAUUGAAUCAUUUAUUGACACAUAUGGACGAAGCUGGAUGUUCAACAAAUCAAAGACCAACAUCUGUUCCAGCUGAAGAAUCAAUAAAUUUUACAGCACAGUUGCGACCUCAUUCAGUGCAUUCAGUUGACAAUGUGUCCUAUAGGAACACAGCUUAUCAAGGUCAAGGUCAUUAUGAUACAAAUUUGUCACCUUCUGAUAAUUCUGUACCAUAUCAACAGGACAUAAGAUAUUCAUCUUCCUUACAACAUCAUUCUCCUGAUAUCAUUAUAGAGGGUGCCACAAGACAUUCUGGGUCAAGGUCACAAAAUAAUGGACAUUCUCCAGAAUUAAACAGCUCUCCAGAUAAAUUAUCAGACAGGGAAAAUCAUAACAGAAAUCAAGAGAAUUAUCAAGACAUUGGUCAACUAUCAUAUAAUCAGUCAUGAUAAUAUUUAUAUGAUAACUAUAUCUACUGUGGAUUUAUUUAUUUUCGUGGUUACCAAUUUUCGUAGACUGAGGAAAAUUUUGCAUUUUUGUGGAUAUUUGAUUUCAUGGUUUUGCAAAAGUCUGCAUACAACCCUAUAGAAAAUUUGUCUUUCUUUGAACAUUUAAAUGUGGUUAAUAUGUACUCAUGAAAUCCACCAAAAUUGGUAUCCCAUGAAUAAUAAUGAAUCCACAGUAUAUUUGAUAUUAUACUGUUCUAUUUAGAGGAAUAAUGGGUCUUUAAAAUUCAGAAAUGAAACUAGUCAGUAACAAAAACAUUAUAAAUGAUUUUUUUCUGUCUUAAACACACAUAGAAAGAAUUGGAAUUUGAAAAGCAAUACCUAUAAGUUGUUAGUUCAUAUGAAUAGGAUUUCUGUAUAUGUAGGUGGCUAAGUAGUCGAGGUAGUUAAUUUACAGUGAUCACUAGCCUGCCAACACUAAGGUUAUGCUUUCAAAUUUGCUCAUGGCAAGGUGCUUUAAAUACUAGUCCUAAUUGACUACGAUUGACAGUUUUCCUGCUGAGAGUUGUGGUUCUCUCCAGGCACUCUUGCCUCCACAACAAAAUAGCCUAGCAUGCUGAAAAUGGUGUAUAACACCAACACUCAAUCAAUUUUUUUGUGAUAUGGGAAAUCAAUCAGUUAUAUGUCUUUAGAAUACUUCAAAGUGAAUUGUUAUUUUAUGAGAUUGGGUCUACUUCAUAUUUAUCUUCUACAACGACACUAAAAGAGCAUCUGCAUUUAGUUUCUUUCAAUGUUCUAGUCCUUGUAAGAUGUUCUAUUUUAGCAAGAUUAUUGUUUUAAUUAUGUUUGACCCUAAACUGAUCUGCUGAAGUGUCUGUCUGGUAGUUUUUAUGUGAAAUAUUUUAAUAUUAUAUAAGAGUUUUUUUUAUAUCUUUGUUUAAAUUGUUUGUUGAUGUCUUUGUUAAGUUAUACACCACUAAUAUUUUAUGCAUGUUAUUAGAUGUGGCAGAUCUAGGUGAUAGGGGGCGUACCCUUUGAUUGCCAUGUUUUCACAAUUUAUAUGAUUUUUUUAGCAUAAAAUCCUUUGUCGAAUAUAUUCUGUUUUCUGGAACAAUGCCACCCCCUUCUUCCUAAAAUCCUUGAUCUGCCCCUACAUAGUGAACCACUAGUUUUUAUGCAUAUUAAUAGACACAGGGGACCAGUCAUCAAAUACCUUGGAUUGAUUGAUUGAUGUUUAACGCCACUUUCAACACUACUGUGCUAUUUCGUGGCGGUCAGUUUUUAUUGGUGGAGGAAGCCGGAGAGAACCAUCGACCUUCGGUAGAAAAACUGACAAUCCUAGUCAAUUAAGAUUGGAGUCGAGUGCACCUGCCCCCUGCGGGAUUCGAACUCAAAUCCUUAGUGUUGACUGGCUAGUGAUACAGUAUUUCGACUACUUAGACCACUCGGCCACCAAGGCCUCCCAAAUACCUUGGAUAAAGGUGAUGAAAUGGAAGUAACUUCCUUGUUAUACCCAACAAGUAAAAAUAGGGUGUUUAGAAAUCAUAAUCACAGCAAUAAAAGUACUGUUCCUUUGCUUAUGGUCUUGUGUGCACAGAGGCAGAUUUAGGGAGUGGGAGUGGGUCUCAUGGGGCUACCCCCCUUUUUCAAAAUACUGGAUCCACAUAUUGUGUAUGUAGUCAUUCGUUAAUACACCUUAUCUAUUCUAUUCCAUGAAGGAUGAUAAUUCUUGUUUAAUAUAUUAAGUGAAGUUAAAGAGACUUUGUAGUGCUUGAUCAGGCAUACCUUUCAAAUGAAAUCUUAUCAUGAAAGCUACUUGUUAUUCGUAAAGAAUUUAUAUAAAUUAACAUUCAAUUUUAUUCAAGAUUUUUUGUGUGAAAUAUUGGCUAUAAAUGGAGGGAGAGAAAGUAAACUUGGCAUAUCAAUUCCUGGCAACAGAACAUUGCAGCUUUCAGUUGAAAAGGCAUUAAGAUACCAUCCAAACAGGAAUAUAAUCAAUAAGAUUGGUAAAUUGUGUCAUAAGUAGUGAAAGAGUUUAGUAUCUGUAUAUUUGAAUAUAAACAAUCUGAUUGGUAAACUGUGUUAUGAAUAGUGUUAUAGAGUUUGUCACCUGUAUAUUUAAUUACAACUGAAAGUUAUGUUACAAAUUGAUUAUUGAUGUAAUGUAGAUAAGGAGCAUGAAAUCAAAAUAAAAUAUAAGUAAUAAU